CGCAUUAUGUCAGACUGUUAUGAUUGUUAGAUUUAUAACGAAGAGACUAUUUGCAUACCCAAAAGCAAAUUUUCUACUUAAGAUGGAGGAUGCCAAAGUUAGAGCUCUAUGUGAUGAAUUUUGGCAAUGGAGAAUGCGUCAAAGUCCUGAGUUUGCCUCAUUCUGUGGAGAUCAGCGAUAUUCUCAUUUAUUGGAUGAUAUCGACCCAGACAACUUCGAGGAAUUUGAGGAAGAUGUUUCCAAACUUUUAGAGAAGGCGGAGGAAAUUCAAGUGAAUCAGUUAUCAAAACGUGCCAGAAAUGCACUUUUACUCGUGAAGGACCAAAUGGACACAUUUGUUGACGGAAUGAAGCAUAAGUGUUGGUAUUUUCCAAUCAACUUUAUGGACGGCUUGCAUGUAGAUGCUCCCAAAGUUAUGAGUACCUGUCCAACGAAAACAGUGGAAGACUUCAGAAAUCUGAAUAAAAGAAUUAGAUGUUAUGAAAAGAAAGCCAGAAGUUGUAUACACCUUCUGAAAGAAGGGGUAGACCAUGGUCAUGUUAACCAUCUAUACUCAAUAGAAGGUGUGCCAGAACAAUUAGAUACCAUGAUUACUGCUGAGCUUACCCCAGAAAAAGAUGUUUUUCUAGCACCUUACAAAAAAUUUCCCGCAUCCAUCGAGCCUUCUAUAAAAGAUGAACUUUUAGCAGAAGCAAAAGAGAUUGUCCAAAAUGUUGUAAGACCAGCAUUUAAAGAACUGGCCGAAUAUAUAGAAAAUGAUUACAUGAAGUACUUGCGUACUGAUAUAUCCAUUUACUCCCUCCCUAAUGGGGAGGAGUUGUAUCAGGAUUGUCUGGAGUUCCAUCUGUCUCUCUCAAUGACCCCCCAACAAGUGUUUGACAUUGGUAAGGUAGAGGUAGAGAGAAUCACACAGGCGAUGCAUAAGAUUACCCAGGAGGAAGGCUUUGGAACAGACAUUAGGAAGUUUAAAGAAGACAUUUCCAAAAGGGAUGAGUUUCAUUGUAAAACCCCUGAAGAGCUCAUAGAUUAUGUCAAGCAUAUAUGUUUUGACCAAAUUCAACCAAAGUUACCACUUUUAUUCAAAGAAUCUCCAAAGUCAAGGCUGAAAAUUGAGCCCACUCCACCUCUGAUGGAUGAUGGUCCUGUGGCAUUCUACUUCAAUGGCUCCCCUGAUGGCAGUAGACCUGGUGUGUACUAUAUCAGUACAUCUAACUUACAAGUAAAUCCAAAAUAUGAACUACCAGCAUUAUGUUUACAUGAAGGAGAACCUGGGCAUCAUUUCCAGGGAAUGAUUUCCAUGGAAAUGAAAGAGCUCCAUGCUUUUAGGAGAGCAAACGAGGACUUGAAUUACGCUUGGGUACCUUCUAGAUUUCCAAUGUAUACUGCAUAUUUAGAGGGUUGGGGACUGUACUGUGAAUACCUAGGAGAGGAACUUGGAUUAUACGAGGAUAACUACACUUUGUUUGGAAGAUACUGUGGAGAGAUUUUGAGAGCUGCUCGUCUUGUAGUUGAUACAGGAAUCCAUGCAUUCGGAUGGACAUUUGAGGAGGCUUUGAAUUACAUGGUAGAAAAAACAUUCUUGGAUGUGAACACUUUGGAGAUUGAGGUUAAAAGAUAUGUUACCUUACCAGGACAAGCGUGUGCAUAUAAGAUAGGUGAAAUCGUAUUAAAACAGCUAAGACAGAAAGCCAGUCUAGCAUUAGGAGACAAAUUUGAUGUCAGGGAAUUCCACUCCGUGGUUCUAAGAUGUGGGUCUGUGCCACUAAAAUUUCUAGCACAAAAAGUUGAUGAAUAUAUCAAAGACACUCUCGAAUCCUAAGAAGCUAUAGGAAAUGGAUGUUUGGAACAUGAUUAUACUUGAACCUUUUCUGUGACAAGAAUAUGUGUACUUUCCUUAUUUAUUUUGCUUUUUCUAUUUGUUUUUGUUAUCUAAAAUUCCAAAUCAACAAUUAUGAAAGUUAUAGAGAACUGUUUAUAUUCAAUUUUAGGGCUUGCGCAGAUUGUCAUAGGUGCAGUAUAGUAAUCACUGUCUGUCCAUCAGCAAUUCUGUCCAUCUAAAUAUUUCCUCUUUUUUUUUUCCCUAACUACUUUUCUAAUUUUUGUCAUAUUAUUUUCUUAUUUGAUAUGUUGGUUGAAAAUUGAUUCUGUAUGUCUUCUGGAAUGAUCCGAUGGGGAGAGGAAGAUUCCUAAACUUAUGAAAGAAUGAAUUGCUAAAGAGAGGUAAUGGUUAAAAAUGUUUCUUUUUAUACUAUAUGAAAGGAUGACAGCUGCAGUAAGUCCCCUGGUAUCAAUUGUUUUGCUUAUUGCAGAAAAUCCAGAGUCUAAUUUUUAUCUUUAUCCCCCCUCCCCCUGUGAUGGGGGUGUCCAUCUGUAUGUAACACUUUGGGUUACCCAACUCUUAAUCUGCAACUCCACUGAAUAAAAUUUAAUGAGAGACUUAUAGAAUCUUUAUUACACAGUGCUAUUGUGCACUUAUUAUUUUACAUUUUGAUGAGACAUAUUUUGGAUUUCUCAUAGCAAAACAUGGGCACAACCAUUCUUUCUACAACAUUGAGGGUACCCAUCUCUUAUCUGCAACUCUCUAAAACCACUGAUUAAAAUUAAAUGAGACUCUCACAGAAUCUUUAUUACAUGGCUCCAUUGUGCACCUAUUUUACAUCUCUGAACAAAAACUGCACACUGCCAUUCUUUGUAUAAUAUUAGAGGGUACCCAUCUCUUAUCCACAACUCCUCCUAUACAACUUACUAAAAUUUAAUGAGACCCUCACAGAAUUUUUAUUACUUUGUCAUAGGGCCAUUGUGCACCUCCGAUUUUACAAUUAGAUUGGACAGAUACAUGUAUUUGGGGUUUCCCAUUGCAAAAAAUGGACUUUCCCAUUAUACUCACAUGGGAACUAGGGGUUUUAUUUUGUGAGUUCAGUGCUUGCAGUUCCUCUUAUUUAAAAUUAAUUAACACCUCUGUCUGCAAGUGAUAUUUGUUUUUAAGUAAAGCCUUGUUGAUGUUUGCAUUCACUGAAGGCUUGCAUUUAAAAAAAAAAAAAUUAAUUUUAAUUUUACAUUCUGUUUAAACACACAAUUGAUUGAACAGAUAUAUACAUGUAAUUCUAAGGAUCCAAUUUUUGAAAAAAAAUUAACUUAAGAUACUCUUUAUACGGUACAUUGCAAACUUAUACAAGGACAAAAUAAAUCUUAAGAGACAGUGAAGUUAGGAUUAAAAAAAAAGUUUUGCCAAUAAGGAAAUAUUCUCUAAUGUCAUCACAUAGCGGUAACAUUCUUUUUCAUUUACAUGUAUUUUAAUUUUUUAAUUUUUUUUCUUUUAGCAAGGCAACAUUAUCUCAUACCUUGAAUCCAACUGUUAGAUAGAUAUUCCUCUGCAGGCCUUUGCUGACUGGUCAGUUAGUUAUUGCUUCAUUCUGAAAUUCUAAAAAGAUUUAAGAUUCCGUUUUUAGUUGUCUUGAAUUGUCAGCAUAUUUAAAAAGAGUUCUGGCUGUUCACUUAAGAGAUACUUUUGUUUUUGUUUUUUUUCACGAAGUGUGCUAAAUGGGAUCAAAUAAAAUUUGAUACAUCA